GGUGGGUUCGUUAACUGGCCCUGAGAAGCGACUUCCCAUGUGAACGAGGCCGACAGUGUUGCUGCCUUAGACACAGUUUGUGACACUUGCAGUGGUUCUGCGCACCACCAGCACUGGGUUGUGACACCUGCCAAGGUCCUCCACAGCAUCAGAUUGUGACACCUGCCAAGGUCCUCCACAGCAUCGGGUUGUGACAUUUGCCAAGGUCCUCUGCAGUGCCAGGUUGUGACGCUUGCCAAGGUCCUCCGCAGUGCUGGGUUGUGACACUUGUCAAGGUUCUCCACAGCGUCGAGUUGUGACACUUGUCAAGGUCCUUCAUAGUGCCGGGUUGUGACACUUGUCAAGGUCCUUCAUAGCGCCGGGUUGUGACACUUGUCAAGGUCCUCCACAGUGCCGGGUUGUGACACUUGCCAAGGUCCUUCACAGCAUUGUGACACUUGCUGAAGUUCUCCAUAGUACUUCGGUGUGGCAAUCAUCAUAGUCUUCCACAGUCUACUGCUGGUGGAGGUCACAUGAAAAUGGGACUAAGCAAUGUGCUGGUGCUGUCUCAGGUGACGACCUACAUCCUAACCUUGCUGCUUGCCCUCUGCAUCAUAAUACCCAUCUUCUUCCACCUUCAUGAUUUCAGGGGCCACUGCUUGUUGUUUAGUAAUGGAACAUGGCGUGAGACAGAUGGUCAGUUUGCUGUGUCUUGGGCAUCACAAGGCUUUUGUGAUUAUAAUCUCACCUGGGCCUCGAUCUCUCUCCUAAUUGCCAUCGUCCAGAUCUACAGGUUUAUAGUGCAGAUUUGCCGUGGAACUGAGAGCACGUUUUUGAGUGCAUUCUUUGAUGUGGUGGUGAGUCUUAUCAUGUCUACAGCAGCCCUGGCAGGUGCCCUUAUUAUCACUAUUGGGUAUCAGAUCUGGUGCAAUGCUAUCAUGAUGCGUUUUGAGGCGUGUGAAGAUGCCACAAGCAAUGACAUUGAUAAAGAUGAUGAUAUAGACACCAGAAUGUUCUAUACUCAAUUUGGAACAGCACAGUUUGGAGCUUGGACAUCAUGGGUCUGCUGGGUUGGAUUGUCUAUGUUCUCCAUGCUGAAGCUGUGCAAGUAUCACCAACAGGAGAACAUACGGGUAUCCAUGGCUCGUGAGCGCGCCAGACUGGUGAGGGAUCGACAUUCUCCGCUGCAAGACUGACAUUUAUUUUUUUAAGCACACUUUUCUUGAAAAAACAGAGACUUAUAAGUAAAAUGUUCAUGAAAACCAUGUAUUACCAGUAUAUUAAAUUUUCAUGGUGAAAUUUACAAUUUUCAUGAAAAGAAAAGUGUGUAAUGUAAAAUGUUCAUGAAAAGAACCAUUUAUGAUGUAAAAAGAUUGCUAUUGAAAACCUUUAUUUAGUGCAUAUUUAUAGCAUAAUACCACUGUCACCCCUCAUCCUGUAUUUUUGUUGGGAAGCAGUAUUUACAUUGCAAAUUUAUUAUGAAUUUUAUUUCUUAUCAUUUUAAUGUGCUGUAUAUGACAGUGAAGGUUCUUAUUUAGCAAUCUUUAUGUACGUUUGAUUUUCUUUAUAUUACACUACUUGUUUUUGCUGGUGAAGUCUAUUUUAUUUUAAAAUGACCAUAGUGAAAUGUGCUUUUGUAUCAACGAUGAUGUGUUCCAAUUACAGUUGUCUACUAAUCUUGGUGGGCACAUUUGUUCAGUAUUUAAACUUAAAAUCUAAAUUCAUAUGAAUUUUUCUAGGUUUUGAAGUACCCUUAAUAUACAGGAUACUCUACAAAAGUAAUUAACACAGGUGUCCCUUGCUUUGAAACAGUGGAAGUGUUCCUGGGCCAUAGCAGCUAAACUAGGCUCCGUCAAGCCAUUAGCACUGAAUUCCACAUAAUAAGAAUCAUUAAUAUAUUUAUGAAUCCUCAUCAAUUACAUAGCACAAUUUUAUAUAUAUAUAUAAAUUAUAUACUAUAUAGAAUAUUUGGAAUUAUCAAUAGAAAUGAACCUUAUAAUAAAGAAUUAGCUUCAGGCAAGGGGAAUACCUGUAUUUAUAUUAAUUUCACUUUAUGAAUCAUCUGAAACAGCGCUGUAUGACCCCUGUGGGUUUAGCGUUUGGUUCUGAUUGUAAUAAUAAUGAAUCGUCUAAAGUGGUUCAUAAUUUUGAGUGCGCAGAUCUGUUCUCAACCUUCCAUAGUUCACAGAUUGCACUUGUGGGUUUGGCACUUCAUAUGAAUACUGUAUAUUGAUAAUUUACCAAUUGCCAUAAGUUACUAAAUAAAUUAGUUAUGGUAAUGCAUACUUUGCUACAAUUGAUAUGCCAAAUGAAUUUUUAAACACGUUGGCUGUUGCUUUCCAUCAUGGCUCAGUGACCCUAAAGAAAGAAAACUAAUUCACCAUUACUCUGUCCCUAGCAGUUUCCAGAAGUAUGUGUGUUCACCACAAUCUAAAUAAUCCUUUGAAUACCCCAGACAUACUUCAAAGUGCAGGCACUCUACUAAGUAUCUCACCUCCAGAACUGGAGUUUUAACUGACCUGCUCACAUGAAUUCCUCCAUGGAUAUUAUCUUGCUCAUAAUCCAACAGCACACCAAAUCCCAUUGCUUUGAUUUUCCAUGGCCUUUUGAUGGCCUAACUUGUUUGAUGAUUCUCUGGGACUGCAGAGCACAAUUUGAGAACAGUUGCUCUGGUAUAUUCUGAAAGUCUUCACAAUAUUCUGUGGAAAGUUAUUUUUCUGCAGUUUUUAAGAAAUGAGAUUGACUAAAUUGUGCUUUCAUCUUUAAAUAUAGUUUUAAGCUUUUCGUGCAGUUGUGUGAGGAUCACCAAAUAAAAUGUUUUGUGUGAGGUUUAUGUGCUCUUCAAAAAAAUAUUCAGAAAAUGCUGAAGGAAAUUAAAUAUUUGCAAGAAUAAGCAGCAAUAUAUUUAUCUCAGAUUUAAUGUGCUGUUAACUCUUGCUGCUUAGAAUUCUAUUCAGCAUGAGUUGUCAUUUUUCAGAUAAGUGUUGAGUUGGUUAAUUGAAAAAAGUAGAAUGAAGAGGAACUAUGGUUCACUUACAACAUUUUAGGAUGAUUAAUCCUAAAUGUCUAACUGCAGGUUAGGUUUCAGACUACUGCAGUAAAAUUAAUAUCACCUUAAAGCAAAUCACAGCCUUUUUUUUUCACUUGCCAGUGCAUAUAAAAGCCUAAAAACAUGUUACUUGCAUCAUGUAUAAAGUGUGAGAUAGCACUUGGUAUAAAAAAGAUGCAAAAGUAAAAAUAAUAAAAAAAUGCUGCAGUACUAUAUUGCUAACUGUAAAAUAUUUUCGCCACCGAAAAUAAGUAACAUGAAUAUAAUUGAAAGUGCCGUAUUAGGGAGGUGCCAUAUUAGCGAGGUGUGCCUGUACUGUAUAACAGAAUAAUAGCUUCGAUACGGAUUGUGGAGACUCCAGCUGUCUACCUUUCCCUUGUAUAAUAACUUAUAAGUAUAGUAAUGGCUUAGUAUGUUCAUUGUUAAUUUAUGUUCGUGUGAGAAAUAUUGCAUGUAACUGCCAUGUUUGCCAGUGAAAACAAAAUUAGUCACUAGAACAAAAUGGGAACAUUCUUCUCUACUGUAUUUUGCAUAUCAUAAUCAUUAAUAAAAAAUAUGGAAAAAAUGUACAUGUAAUGUAGUGAAUGUAAUGCGAACAAAGUGAUUAAAAUAGAUAUGUAUUUAUGGAUAAUGUUAAGUGUGUGUGUAUAAGUUAGGAUGUAUGGCUGCUAGAUAUUAUGAUAAGUUAAUACACCUACCAUCCGACUUACGACUGAGUUCGGUUCCGAGAAACCGGUCGUAAGUCGAAAUGGACGUAAGUCGAAUUUUACUACUGAAUAUCAACAUAACAUUUUUGUAAUGACUUUAUUUUAUUGUUUUAUUUUGGUAUUUCAUGUUUUACUUUACUUUUAUGUUGUUAGUACUGUAUUUUAUACUGUAAAGUUUAGGAUAAACACUGUGUACAACACAAACACUUGUUUAUUUCCCAGAAAUUUGGCAUAAAAAACACAGUCGUAAGUCGAGCAGGUCGUAAGUCAGAUGGUAAGUGUGUAUUAAAGUUUAAUGCUGUGUGGUGGUGUGUUCAGUAUUUGAUGUUGACUUUAACAUACUUUGAAUACCUUGUAAAUUUGCAUGACAAACAAAGACUUUUAGCUCUUAUUAUAUUCAGGUAAGAAUUGUCCCAGACAUGUACAGAACAAUAAAUGAUUUGCAUUUUGUACAGCUAAAUUGAUGAUUACUGCAUUUUCACUGUGCCCAAUUUUUGUGUCUUUGCACACAAGCCCUAAAUUGAAAACUAACCAUAGAAUUUUGUUUGCAAUGUCCUCAGUGACUUUCUCUACAUCCAGUUUUCUUUUUGUGGUUAUAGUGUCUUAUGAAAUUCAUUAUUAAUCAGAUUACAAGGAUAGAGGCUGAAACAUAAAGAGCCUAAAUCUGGAAUGAAAUUUAUUAAUACCUAAUUUUGUAUUAGUUACAGGUUCUACGUAUGUGAGGCCUCUAGCAGUGUAAUCCCCACAAAUUACAAUAAUAAUAAUAAUAAUACAUGUAUAUCUCUAUUUACUACAAGAGGAUUCAAAUGUAUAGUAGUAUGGUUAAAAUGUUUGAGAUGUGUAUGUGAGCCAAUGCUUAAAUACAGCACAAUGCAAUCAUUAUAGAACAAAAUUUGAUAUAUGCAGUAGAGUAAUAUGUUCAUACUGUACUCUAUAUGUUGGAUACAUGUUUAUCACGUUGUGGUGGCUGUAUAUAGCAGAGGCUUCAAACUUUUAUGUUAAUCUGUGUUUUGUAGUACACAGUAGUUCAUGUUUCACAAUUUAUAGAAAUAUAUAACAAAGGAAAUUUAAUAAUUAUAUUUAUAUAUUUUGUUUCUUUAUUUUUGUAGUACAUUAUUAGCUGCUUGUUAAAUAAAAUAAAAAUAUGAAAAUUAUGGUAUAGUGGAUGGAUUGCACUACAGGUAUCCCUCACUUUGUGCAGUAGAAAUAUUCAUUGCCUAUGGCAGCUGUACUCAGCUGAGGCAUUGGAUAUGUGUUUGAGACUUGUCUGAUAUCAUUAGAGAUAUGCUUGAGGGGAAUGUGUGGUGAGAGUAUUAAGCAGAAAAUUGGGAGUGUGCAGAUUAGAAGACAGUGUAGGGUUACUAAAAAUAUAAUUUGGAGGGCUGAGAAGGGUCAUUGAAGUGGUUUGGGUGUUUAGAUAGGAUGGAGGAGAAUACGAUGUCUGGGAGGGAAUAUAAAUUUGGGGUGGAAGGAUAGGUAGAGGUUGUUACAAGAAGGGUUGCAGGGAGGGAGGAUGAUGAUUUUGAGUGUUAGAGGCUUAGACAUUAACAGGCUUAUGUAGGACAGCUACAGUAGGACCCCCAUAUCUGUGGGGGAUACGUCCCAAGGACACCGAAAGUGUUGAUAGUAGCGAGUCCCUAUAUAUAAGUCCUGCACAUACCUAUUAUGAAGUUUAAUCGAUAAAUUGUGCACAAUAAGUGGAGAAUUAUCACUUUUUUCACUAAUGGGAAGCACUUCACAGCUUCUUUGAUUCUUUGAAGAACUUCCACUAUCAUUACUUUUACACUUAAAGGCUAGUAAGCAAAAUUAAGGGCUAUUUUUGGGCCACAGUAAGCAGCAGAUAACUGAAACCAUGGAUACCGGACCUGUGGAUGCGGGGGGUCCUACUGUAUAGCAGUGUCAGUGAAAAUAAGCGGUUUUUAUGUCUCGACAUGCUGUUGGAGUGUGAGCAAGGUAAUAUUUAUGAAGGGAUUUCGGGAAACCGAACUAGAGUCCUGGAGGUGGUAAGUACAGUGCCUGCACUCUAAAGGAGUGGUGAAGAUGUUGCAAUUUGGAGGGUCAUCUGAACUGUAAUGUCAGCAUACUUCUGGUAAGAACAUGGUUGAAUAAAUGAUGAAUAGAUUUUUUUUAUAAUACAUAUAGACAUCUAGUGUGAAAAAAUAAUCUUCAGUACGUUUUGGGACCUUAUGAACUGCACUGAUCAUGUAUGGCUAAUGCAUACCUCACACAUGGAAUUACUGAUAGAAAUGAGUACCGCAAAAUAGUGAAUUUACAAAGCGAGGAAAACCUGUACUUUAAACACUACUUAAAAUAUUUAAGUUCUGUUGAUAAUAAAAUUUUGUGUAAUUUGUUAAAAUGUGGAAUUGUUGGAAUUCAGUAUUUUUAAGGAAUUCGGCCUAUGCUCCAAUUCCUUGAAUAGUCUGAAUGCCUUCCAUUUCUCCAGGUGCUGUAUGACCCCUAUGGGUUUAGUGCUUCCCCCAUGACUAAUAAUAAAAACUAGUAUUAAUGUGUAAGCUAGCGCCUCUGGAUGGCAAAUUUCUUGUUAUUUACUAUUCCUAAUUGACAUAUGUGGACUAGCAUCUAUUCUUCCCUAUGUACUUUUAUUUUCUGUGUGGGUGAUCCUUUAAUUUAGGGGGUUCCUUGAUGCCAGUGCAUGACAGUGAUAUAAGGGAUUGAAGCAUCCCUCCCUUUAAUUAAAACUGAUAGCCUCUCAUUCCUCAAGCACUGUAUGAACCAUGCAGGUUUAGUGCUUCUCCAUGAGCAUAAUAACUAUGUGGGUGAUUUUGUCAUUGCUUAUGUUGGCACAGUCAUCUGGGAGCUUUCUGCAGAAUACUUUGACUAUUUUUGGUUGAGGUACAUUGCUUGUAUAGCUUUAGUUCUCAGUAUCCAAAGUGAGUUCUUGUACUUUCAGAUAGCACCCUAACCAUUCUCCAUUCCAUGUACAGCAUUGUUGUUUUGUAGCUAUCCAAACCUUUAAAUUCUUUGGGCAUUUUUGAUUGUUGGGUCAGGAAACACUGUGACUUCAUUCUACCCUCGUAGAAUGAAUUUAUUAAAUUUUUUUUUUCCUGAGGACGAACAGAUUAAUUGUGUUCAGUCUGUCUUAUCUAAACCAAACUAUGGAGACCAGGUAUAGUAACCAGCUCAAGGAAUUGUAAUGACACAAUUUCAAACAAACCAUGGUACGGGUGGGGAUUGAACUCGUGUCGAGUUGUAAAACUCUAGACUGAUGUGUUAGCUACUGGGCCAGCUGGCUACAAUAAGCCAGCUGGCCCAGUGACUAACACAUUGGUCUGGAGUUUAUGACUCACUCACCAUGAGUUCAAUCCCCGCCUGUACUGUUUUUUUUUUAUUUUUCAAGUAUAGUACAUUUUCUGAACUAAUGUCUUUCACAAUCAAGGUUUUAUUUGGCAGUUUUUUCAUCCCUACUUGUAUCCUGUAUGCAGAGUUUAAUAUUCCGUUAUUAUAAGAUUGCUGAGGUAAUGUAAUUAAUAGCUUGCCUUUUGACUAUUGUAAAGGUGUGUUCUAGCUCAUGGUCUCUUGCCAUAAAUUUUAACCGACAUAAAAUAGCCCCCUAAUAUCCAUUUUUAAGUGCUAUAUGAAGUCUAGUUCAAGUGUGUCAUUGAAAAACUCAUUCGUCCUAUAGCAUUUUUUAAAUGUUGGAAAACUCUUUGAUAUCCUUAUGACUUAUCUGACUGUAAUUCCCAGCAAUUCCCUAUCCAUGUUUAUCAUCUGUUCCUGUGGUAUUUUUUCUGAUGAUCAUUGACCCUCUUCCUCUUUUGUUCAACAGAUAUCGGGUCUUGUUCUUAAAUUUCGUCUUUGUAAUUAAUUUUGUCACUUCAGACAUGUCUUGAUGCACUCCUUAGUACUUUCUCUGUUUUUACUUUGUGUUGUAAUUGGUGACAAUUCCACACCAGCUCACAUACUUAAAAAUGGGUUUUAUGUAUAAAGUAGUGUUUGAAGAGUCUUUGUUUAGGUUACUCAUUGCCACUUAUGUUUGCAAGUUUAGCUUGUGCACUUCAAGGGACAGGCUUGGUUUUUUUCUUUAAUUAUUUUAAUGAGCUUUUCUUUCCCCCCCAGAUGAUACUUGUCUUCAGUCUUGUUUCCCUAACUUUAUUUAACUAUUCCUGAAGUCUGUCCAGGUCUUCCUACAGUCUUAUUUCGUCCUCUGUAGUUUUUAUUUUCAUCAUUUUUACAUCAUUCACAAAUAAGGAUAUGUAGAAGUUAACCUCUCUAACCAAGACAUUUUCUGUAAAUACAUAAGGAAUAAUAUGGGCACUGAUUCUUGUUGAAUUCCAUUAGCUUCUUUUCCUCCAUCCUGAUAUUAAAUUCCUUAUAGGGAAUUUUUUUGCUUGGUUAUUCAAUUGUUCACCUAUCCAUGUUAACAGUUUUUUCUUAUGCUUUCUGCUUGCUUCUCUUAUUUGCCAUGUUACCUUCUCUGUGGCACUCUAUCAAGGGCCUUAUUGUAUUCUGGAUAUAUACAGUUCACUCAUCCUUCUCUUUCCUGUCUUACCCUCCUUGAUACUGAUAAAGGGCUCUUGACAAAAAGAAUUGGAGUUACCUUUCUCUUGAAUUAAACCUGAUUACUUCCAAUUCCUUUUUUUUUUGUUUGUUUGUUUGUUUUUGCAAGGUUAGGUUAAGGAUCCUUAGCUUUAUUGACAAGCUAUUUACAAAUUAAGGCUUUCUAACUUUAUUGAUGUGCUAAGAGCUGUUCUUCAUGAAUGUAUUGUAUAAUAAUCCUGUUUGGCCUCUCUCAGUCACAUAUCUGUACAAGGUUUGCAAGGCACAGUCUUCCAUUUCUGAAUCCAUGCUUGUACUCUAUGAGGAAUUUAGUGCUUACAAUUUAUUUCAAGAAAUCUCUUAUAAAAUUUAUCAGUACAGCAAUUUACACAUUUCACCCAUUAAGAACAUUAGCCUUAAUUCUGGGCUUCCUGCCUGUUUCCUUUCUUGAAUAUUGGUAUCACAUUUGCUAUCUUGCAUUCUUCUAGCACUUCACCUGUCAUUAAUGAGUUGUUAAUGGUUAAUGUGAGUGAUGCAUAAUAUUCAUGGUGAUAGUCCAUUUAGUAUUGGUGGUUUCCAUGUAUCAGUGGCUUAGAUGUACAGUGUCGAGUUUCCUUCAGGAGUCCCCUUGCUUGGUAAUUGGUUGCUUAAGGGCUCAAUAGUUCUAUUUAGUUUGUUUCCCAUUUAAUCUCUGGUAUUGGUCCUUGUUCAUUUUUAAACUAUGAAUUCUUCUGUUGGGUGUGUUGCAUAUCUUUCUACCAUUAUCUGUGAGUGUUCUCUUUCUUCUCAGUCUUACUAGAUGCUGCUUGACCCCUAUGGGCUUAGCACUUUCCCAUGACAGUAAUAAUAGUAUGUACUUCUCGGUGCUGUUACAAUUAUUGUCAUUUUCCUUCUAAUGUGUCUAUGAAGAAGCUUUGGAUUUGUUUUUGUUUUGGCUAUCAUAUCAUUUCAAAUUGGUUUUCAGCUUUGCUCCUCAACAGAAAAAAAUAGUUUCUUCUUGUUCUUAUGCUUUCUUGCUUUCGUUAUACAAUUUCACCAUGCAUUUGCAUUCCUGGAUAUUGCCUCCUUACAUGAUUGAUUGAGCCAUAGGUUUUCCCACUGUUUAUUUUCUCAUGGUUAAAAAUGUCAUUUCCUGAGUGGAUUUUUCUCAAAUUCAUCCUCCCACUAUACACAAGCCAAAAAAUGCAUCUUCUCCAAUUUCACUUUUUUUUUAUCAGUUUCAUUUCCAUUAGGUAGCAGAAUGUCAACACACACAUUCCCUGCCCCGAGCAGCAUUCCAUAUUCUGUUUUCUUUGUAGGUAUGCUAGAAAUGAAAAUGUGGUUCAGCCAUAUCCAAUCUGUACUCUUACUUUCAUUGAUUCUUAAACAAGUUGUUUUAGUAAGUAUUGCUUUAUAGAUUUAAACAGUUUGUUCCUCAGUAUUUCUGGGCUUCCAUGUGGUUCCCAGUUCACCACAGCAUAUGUGUCUGUGUUUGCAGUCCCCUACUGUAAUUCAAGGCUUUCCAUGUCUAUUUUAUCAAUAAACUUAUUGCAUUGUUCUUGUCAUAUUCCUAUGUAGGUUUAAUGUUAUUUGGGGGUGAGUUGUAGAUAAUAACAAUACAGUAAAUACUUUAGUAGUAACUUCCAUUAUUAUUGAACCAACUAUCAGAGACCUCAUUGCACUCUUCUACAGAGGGAUUUUAUUUUUAUUUCCUAAUUCUGACCCUAUACUUUAGAGAUCGUUGGUCUGAACAAGUUGUGCUUAAUAUAAAAGCAAUUGGGUUUAUGAUCAUCUUUGUUUUGUCAUUGCCAAUAGUGGGAAACACUGCUCUCUGACUGGGCAUUGGUCACACUAGCUUGCUCGUGGCCAUUUCUCGGAAAACUGUCUGUCACCACUCUAAGAAUUGCUGAGUCAUGCUGAUAAUCCAACAUCUUUUGAUGUUGCUUUAUUUAUUAGAAGUGCUCCAUUUAUUAGAGAUUAUGUUGUUAACAUUUUCAACUCCUUCAGUGUUCAAACAUGCUUUCUCUGCCUCCUGUCUCUAAAGCCUACCUUUAAUAUAAAUUUGAUCUAAAGCUGAUUUACUGCAAAUUUGAAUUCUUCCAUUUGCUUUCAUACUCAUUUGCUACUUUUAUUUUCUAUUCCUAAUAUCAACCUCCCUUAUAUAUCUUUCACCAUGCAGCACUGAAUGAUUCUCCCCAACUACUGAACAGCUGUUGAAUGUCUUUCCUUGUCCCCUUUUCACCUAGCACAAAAUGACUCCCCAGCUAUUGAAUGAGUGGUGGUGAAUGUGUUAUCUUCUUUGGUUUACCCACCUUGGUGAGAGAUGGCCGAUGUAGUAAAAAAUCAUUAGUGGAAUAGUAUGAUCUUUUCAGGGUAUAGCGAGUACAGACUUUCAGUACGUACCUGGAUACUUCGUAACAAAAUACAGAAUAUUCCAUAAAUCAUACAACAUAUAUAAAUGCUGUAUACUCUCAGUUGAAAUAUUGUAAUACUCUACCAUUUGUAUUGUCACUUAUGCUUCUAUGUCAGCUUUAUAUCACCUGAGACUUUUUUUUUUUAAUUAUCAGUGUUUACUCAGAAUUUCUGUUGCGAUUUUUUAUGAAAUAUUUUAAGGAACAUAUUUCUAGUUGGCAUUUGAUAAUGUUAGUGCAUAACUUGUAUACUGUAUUGUCUUUCUCUGAAUUUACAUAAUCAGAAGGAGUAUAAUUCUAUACUGUCAUGUAUUAUGGUUUUAUACUCCUUAGAGCAUAAAGUGCAUGAGUAAUUAAUUACAUUACAUAUAUGUACAGUAUUGCAUAUUUGUCUUGCAGCUUUAGUAAAUUUGUAACCAGUGAUUGUAAUAGCAGUGUAAUUAAUUAAAUGAAUACAAAAUAAA